CAUCAAAUUCCAAAACCCACAGUUGCACUCUCCAUACGUUUGAGAAAUGGCAGCGAUAACUCGCCUUCACCCUCCUUCUCUCUUCUCCUUGAAACCUUCCUCCUCACUCAUAACUCGCUUCCCCUCUUCCCUCUACUCCCCUCGCCCUCUUCGCACUCUCUCCACCACCGCUAUCCUCGGCUCCAACGCCCAGAGUCAGGUUUCAACUGUGGAAGCGCAUGGAUCCAUAGUUGGGGAUCUACUGGACUACCUAAACGAGUCUUGGACUCACUUUCACGCUACGGCUGAAGCUAAACGACAACUAAUUGAUGCUGGUUUUCAUUUGCUGAAUGAGAAUGAUGAGUGGGACCUUAAGCCUGGUGGACGCUACUUCUUUACACGAAAUAUGUCUUGUUUGGUUGCGUUUGCUGUUGGAGAGAAGUAUAGUGCCGGUAAUGGUUUCCAUGUGAUUGCUGCUCACACCGACAGUCCCUGUCUAAAAUUAAAACCAAGAUCUGCAUCAACCAAGUCUGGCUGUCUAAUGAUAAAUGUGCAGACCUAUGGAGGUGGUUUGUGGCAUACUUGGUUUGAUAGAGACCUAAGUGUGGCAGGCAGGGUUAUUUUGAGAGAUGGGAAUGGAUCUUUUAUCCAGAAGCUUGUCAAAGUGAAGAGACCUCUUUUACGAAUACCUACACUUGCCAUUCACCUUGACCGCACAGUGAACAAGGAUGGAUUUAAACCAAAUGUAGAGACUCAUCUUAUUCCAUUACUAGCAUCAAAACUAGAAGAAACAGCAUCUUCAGAGACAAAAGAGAAAAGUGCGACAACAUCUACGAAAGCUGCUCAUCAUCCAUUGCUCAUGCAGGCUCUAUCAGAUGAGAUCAAUUGUAAUGUUGAUGACAUAGUGAGCAUUGAGUUGAAUGUCUGUGAUACCCAACCGAGCUGCCUUGGAGGUGGAAAUAAUGAAUUUAUCUUUUCAGGAAGACUAGAUAAUCUUGCCUCAAGUUACUGUGCACUGAGAGCUCUUAUUGAUUCAUGUAAAUCACCUGGUGAUUUAGCAAGUGAGCAUGCUAUACGUAUGGUUGCUUUAUUUGACAAUGAAGAGGUGGGUUCAGGAUCCAUUCAGGGUGCUGGUGCUCCAACUAUGUUUCAGGCUAUGAGACGCAUAAGUAGUUGCUUAGCUGAAAAGUAUGUUGGUGAAUGUUCCUUUGAGCGUGCAGUACGCCAAUCAUUCCUUGUGUCUGCUGACAUGGCUCAUGGAGUCCACCCAAAUUUUAUGGACAAGCAUGAGGAAUACCAUCGACCUGAAAUGCAAAAGGGACUUGUUAUCAAGCAUAAUGCAAACCAGCGAUAUGCUACUAGUGGAGUCACGUCUUUUCUUUUCCAAGAAAUUGGCAAAAUCCACAACCUUCCAACUCAGGAAUUUGUGGUGAGAAACGAUAUGGGAUGCGGAUCGACAAUAGGUCCCAUACUAGCUUCAGGGGCGGGCAUCCGUACUGUUGAUUGUGGAAUUGCUCAGCUUUCUAUGCACAGUGUGAGAGAGAUAUGUGGGAAGGAAGAUAUAGACAUUGCUUACAAGUAUUUCAAGGCAUUCUACCAAACUUUCUCGAGCAUUGACAGAAAGCUGAUUGUGGAUUCGUAACAAAAACUUAAGUUGAAACUUGAUAAAAGAGAUGUAUGAAGACAAUUUGCACAAGGCGAGGGUUUCUGCAAGGAAAAAUGCAUGUCUGGUUAAAGUCUGCUGGAAUUGAUGGUGCAUGAGGAUAAAGUGGAGCUAGCAGCAGUGUCAGUAUCCAAACUUCAAGUUUGAGUGGUCUGUUGAGAGUUUGCUUCAGCUCAGAGAAAAAAGCCUGAUUCUCCUUGUUCAGCACUUGAGCUCUUUUCCAUAGAAUUUCAUUUUGUUGGAGUAUACUAUCGUUAUGCAAAUAUCUGAGUUCAGCUUCUCCAUUCUCCAAGUUGCUCAUGUUGUUGCUGAAGUUUAAACGCAUGAAAAUGUCAGGCAGAUAUUAUCUGUUUCUAAUAUAAUUCUAUAAUGAAAUCCAAUAUGUUCAGGUAUGUCAGAAUAAUCAUUUCUUCAUAUAACUAGAUGAUGAAAAAAAAAUUAUUUGAGAUAUAAAGGAAAUAACGAAGAAUUCUUUGAA